GCCUAUCGAGCCCCCCCCGGGCGCCGGAAGAGGACGGGCCUAAGAUGGCGGCGCCGAUGGGCGACCGGAGGGGCUGCUCAUGUCGGGGAACGGAGCGGUGUGGGGGCGCGUGCGAGGUCGCCUCCGCGCCUUCCCCGAGAGCCUAGCGGCCUGUGGGGCAGAGGCCGCGGCCUACGGCAGCUGCGUGCGGGCGUCCACGGCCCCCGGCGGCCGCCUGGUGAAGGACCUCUGUGCGCGGGAGUUCGAGGCCCUGCGGAGCUGCUUCGCCGCCGCGGCCAAGAAGACCCUGAGGGGAAGCCUUUAGGAUGGAUGAGCCAGCAAUGCACUUCUGUUUACUGCCCCAGGGAGCAGAGCCAGACGCCUGGUGCUGACGGCCCCAAAGGGCAAGCGUCAAAAACAUCUGAAGCCUGUAGAACUGAAAGGACUGCGGGUGCAUCAGGGCGAGUUGCGGGCAGAGGGCGAGUUGGUUUUCCUACAUCGUGUGCCUGAGGAUUUGGGUUAGAGUGAGACACAAUGAAGCAACAAUAAAGACGGUGGCAGACCACACAAGAGCUCUGUUCUGUUGUAUGCAGAGUGCACCUGGGCCGUGGGAACACACUGCUCAGUGUUCUCACUUUUUAAGGAAUUUUUAUU